GGUGUGCUCGAUUUGAUAUAAGUAACGAACAUGUUAAUAAAAACUAAAUACAUAUGAGGUGGACAACACCACCAGUGUUAGACAUAUCUAACGCACCCCACACUUUGUGACCACGCCUGUUCCGCAAUGACAACCAAUCACCGUAUGGAAACAAUGUAGCGGGAGAUACAGAACAGGAAGCGAACCCAGAGAAAACCGAGUUUACCGAGUUAGCAUGAAUUAAGUUACUUAAAAACAAAAAACUGCGAUAACGCGCGUUACUUUCAACUUGAUAAGUAACUGGAAGGAGAAUGAGGCGCUCAGCUGCUCCCAGUCAGCUCUUGGGAAAUGCAGUGAAAAAGCCUAGAUUUUUACCUCCUGGAGCAUCUUCUCCAAGCUUUGCAUGUGAACCGAAGCACCUUUCCCCUAAACCUGGGUUAGGCAAUGCAUUGGAAAAGGUUCAGAGGACUCUAGUAGCACCUGUUGCAAGUAAGACAGGCUGCAACGUCCAGCCAAGAGCACCACAGUCUGCUCCAGCCUUGUCACGGGCUCUGGCUCGUGUUCUAAGUGCAACAGAAAGCAAGGAAAAUGAUGCAAACCUGGAACAUUCUGAAAGUGUCACCAGAGACAACACAGAAGAGCAUGGAAAAAAAGGAGUGAGCAGUUCUUCCCAGUUGGCUCCCAGGUCUCUUCAAACUCCAAUGCCUUCUGCAGAGUCAUCAAGCCAGGAUGGUGUGCGUUACUUCAGUGUGAUGUGGUGUAAAGCCAGUAAGAAAAAACACAAGCGUUGGGAGGGAGAUGCCGUCCUGGUGACAAGGGGACGCACAGUCACACUAAAAGACAUGGAAGGAAAAGACAUCGGGAAAGGCAGCGGCUAUAAGGUGUCUGAGUUGGCAUCUCUUUCUGAGGGGCAGACCCUGAUGGUUGGUGGAAAGGAGGUGGAGGUGAUGGGGGUCGUUUCUGCAGAAGACUAUGCGAGAGGACGUUGUUUUCGAGAAUUGCAAAUCGAGGAAGAGGAACCACAAACAAAGUCGGCCCUGGCUGCUCCUCGUCGUUUUACCUCCAAACCAUUCUGCCCACCGAUGCAGUCAGGGAGAGGUGAACAUCCACGGGGUAAAACAGAGGAAGAACACAUUCCAAGACCUCGUCAUGAUCCCAGUGCUUCAGGUGCUCUAGUGAUGCCUCGACCCUCCGCCAACCACCAGUGGUCUAAUAACAAGUCAGGACUUCCUGUAGUCGACGUUGUUGUUGAUCCACAUCUGACCUCUCAUCUGAGACCUCACCAGAGAGACGGCCUGCUUUUCCUCUAUGAAUGUGUCAUGGGCAUGAGAGCUGUGGGUCAACAUGGUGCCAUCCUGGCUGAUGAGAUGGGACUUGGUAAGACCCUCCAGAGUGUGGCGCUGGCCUGGACUUUGCUGAAGCAGGGCCCGUAUGGAGGGAAACCCAUCACAAAACGUGUCCUUGUGGUGACGCCUGGAAGCCUAGUGCAGAACUGGGGUGCGGAGUUUAACAAGUGGCUUGGACGUGAGAGGAUCAGCGUUUUCACUGUGGAUCAGGACCACCGGAUAGAGCAGUUUGUGUUAUCUCCUCUACACAGUGUUCUGGUUAUCAGCUAUGAGAUGCUGCUGCGCUGCUUGGAGCAGGUCCAAAAGAUGGAUUUUGGUCUCAUCAUUUGCGACGAAGGUCACAGGUUAAAGAACAGCAGCAUCAAAACAUCUUCUGCUCUCAGCAGCCUCAGCUGUAACCGCAGGGUCAUAUUAACAGGAACUCCUGUACAGAAUGAUCUGCAGGAGUUCUAUGCCAUUAUAGAGUUUGUGAAUCCAGGGAUUCUUGGAUCAUCAACUGCUUACAGAAAAGUGUAUGAAGAACCAAUUUUACGCUCCAGACAACCUGGCUGCACAGAGGAGGAGAGGAUUUUGGGAGAGGAGCGAGCAGCCGAGCUGUCACGACUGACUGGCAUGUUCAUCCUGAGGAGGACGCAAGAGAUCAUCAAUCGCUACCUGCCUCCUCGUCUGGACUGGACACUGUUCUGUGAGCCCUCAGCUCUGCAGCUGGAGCUUUACAGGCGCCUGCUGUGUCACCAGGUCUUCAGAGCCUGUCUUCAGAGCUCCACACAAUCACACACACACCUGGCCUGCAUCACUGCGCUGAAGAAGCUGUGUAACCACCCUGCUCUGCUGCACUCCACCGUCAAGGAGAAAACAGAAAUGGAAUCAGGGGAGAGUUCCAUCUACGACAGAUUAGUCGACGUCUUCCCAGAAUCCUACUCUUCAGGAUCUCUGAUCACUAAUGAUUGUGGGAAACUUCUGGUUCUGUCCGACCUGCUGACUGCCAUACGACAGCUCAGCCCCUCAGACAGGGUGGUCAUCGUGUCCAACUACACCAAGACACUGAACUUGCUCCAGGACUUGUGCGUACUCGCGGGCUACACCUUCUGUCGCCUGGACGGACAAACACCAACCAACCAACGGCAGCGACUGGUUGACGGUUUCAACAGCCCUUAUUCUCAGAACUUUGUUUUUCUGCUCAGCUCCAAAGCUGGGGGGGUGGGGCUUAAUCUGAUCGGUGCCUCCCAUCUGGUGCUUUACGAUAUCGACUGGAACCCUGCCAAUGAUAUUCAGGCCAUGGCGAGAGUAUGGAGAGAUGGUCAGAAGAAGACUGUUCACAUCUACCGUCUCCUGACUGCAGGUACCAUCGAGGAGCGUAUUUUCCAGAGACAGGUGUCCAAACAGGGACUUUCUGGAACUGUGGUCGACCUGGGCAAAGGGGCGGAGCACACCAGCUUCUCCACCAAUGAACUGCGAGACCUCUUCAGCUUGACAGAUACUCCCUCCCUGACACGCGCUCUGCUGAUCUGCAGCUGCAGCAUGGAUGGAUCUGUCCCAGCCCUCACAGAGGAGAACCAACAGGUCGAUGACCGGCCGUGUCAACUCGGUCGUCACAGCGACCGUGGGGGUGUGACGGCACCGAAGCAUCUGAGCAUGUCUGAACUAAUGAAGUGGAGACAUUUCUCCGGCGACACAGACACCUUCUCAGACCCCUACCUCGACCACGCACGCAAUUACAUCACCUUCGCUUUCCAGACCACCAUUUCCCACACAGUCUGCCUCCGCCUGCAGACCGAGCUCCACCGCUGGAGCAUCUGUGACCCGGGCAGCCACCUGCUCCCGGACGGACUCCUGGCCCGGGUCCCAGCCUGCAUCUCCCGCUCCAAGUCCUGCAGCAGCUCCACGGGAGAGUCGGAAGACAGCCGCGUUAGCUGGUCCUCCUCAGACUCGGUCAUCUCCACGGACUCCACCGGGGAGAAUACGGAGCCAGAGAGUCCGUACAGGGUGGUCCUUUUGGGGGCCAGCGGGGUCGGUAAGACGGCGUUCGCCCGGAUCUUCGACGGAGCAGCGGACAGCAUGGACAGUGAUGACUGCGAGCUCUGCGGAGAUGAAAUGUUUGAAAAGGUCAUUGAAGUGGAUGGAGAGCCUGCUGUGGUGACGUUACUGGACACUUGGGAUGCAGAGACUGACACUGACUGGCUCAGGGAGUGCUACAUGCAGACUGGCGAUGCCUACCUGUUGCUGUACUCCAUCACCGACCGAGCGUCCUUCCUGCGAGCCUCCGAGCUGAGAAUCACCCUGCGUCGCUCCCGUCCCGCUCAGCACACACCGAUCAUCCUGGUGGGGAACAAGUGCGACCUCGUGCGGCGCAGAGAGGUGUCUGUCGCAGAGGGACGCACCUGUGCGGCUGUGUUUGACUGUAAGUUUAUCGAAACCUCCGCUGCCAUGCAGCAUAAUGUCUGGGAGGCGUUCUGCGGCAUAGUGCGGCAGCUGCGUCUGCGCCGCGACUCCAAGGAAGCUAACAAACGUCGCAGACACACUAACUGUAACACUCGGCGCGAAAGCCUGCCGAUGAAGGCCAGACGGUUCCUGGACAAGGUGGUGGCAAAGAACAACCGCAGCAUGGCCUUCUGGCUCAAAUCAAAGUCAUGUCAUGACCUGUCUGUCCUGUAGAGGUCACUGUUUACAUCCUAACAACUAAAUCCUGGAGAAAAAACAGGCUGAAGAAACUUCCUGCUUUUGUUUCUGAAGGGCACAACCUUAGGUGGUUCAAGCCCGGUCCUGGUGAGUCGGCACCUGCCCCCCCGCCUCCCUCCUCACAGCCAUGACACUGGUCAUCUGAGGGGGGUAACAGGUCUGUACACAUCUGUACAAAUGCGAACUUUUGACCCACGCUCCAACAAAGACGAGGAUUUCAGACUUUCUUGAUGGCAUUGAAGAAACGUUGAAGGAGAAAAAUGAUACAGAUUUGUUCUCACGUUUUUAAUAGUUACAUCAUUUUAACUUUUUUCUACAAGUUAAUCACUGUAUAGAUUUCUUGUUUUUUUUUUUGUUUGUUUUUUAUAAUCCUCAAGUGCUAAGAGUACCAGUGCUAAGCUACUGAUAUUUAACUGUAGUCGACGUUUCUAUUGUCAGUUUGAAGUAAUUUAUAAGGAAAAAUGUAUUUGCACUCUCCGUGAUGACUAUCCUGUUGAGACUCUAUUGUGAUUGAUGAAAUAAAAUGACAUCAUCUAAUUUGUUUGCCCCCCCCCCUUUACAAACCUCGCUAAUGAAAAGAUUAGCGUGGAUGACUCAGCGUUGACAAAGAAGAGACACACUUCUCCAGAGUUUUGCAGCAACUGACGAAAGAUGAGUCAAACCUAGUCAUGUGUCACAGAAAACGCCAAAAAUCUUGUCCGUCCUCAGACAUGUUUUUUUUUUUCACAGGAAAAUUGACAACAAAGACGACAACAACAAAAUCUGGGAAAUGUGUUGCCAAGAUCAAAGGUCGACAGAAACUGAAACAGUUUUCCGACCUGUAACAUUUAAACCACCAAGACUCGAAGCAGCAGCAUUCCUUCACACCCAUUGGUCGACGCGCAGUGGAGGGCCGGGUGAUUAGACAAUCAUUA